GCACAGGUUUUUUACCUUUUUCCUUUUCUUCUCUCCUCGAGUCACCAAGUGGCCGGUCGGCGAUCUCUCGUAGCGAGGAACCCACGGCGCACGCGCUCGACGGUCGAGCAUGCGCAGCGCCUUCAGCUCCACCCGCCUAUUGCUGCUUGCAUGCGCGGCGGUCGCGGCUGCGUCUGCCGGCGGCGAGGACGCGCGUCCGCCGCAUCGCCUGGCGCACUUGAUGCGCCGCGCCAGCGCGGACGACUUGCAGACGUUCAAUGGGUCGUUGGGCGGCGCGUCGGCCGCUGCGAUUCAGCAGUCCGGCGAUAGUGAGCGCGUGUAUGAUGUUGACGGGGAAACCUUUGACCAGUUCUCAGAUGCGGCGCAGAGGACAUGUGAUAACCAAUUUAACGAAUGCGCAGAUGCUGCCAAUGCAGCGGGUAAUAAGGGCGAUGUGACGGUGGAGAGCUGUACGUCGCAGAAAGAGGACUGCCAAUCGGUGCAGAGCGCCGUCAGUAUCACAACGUUCGGGGCUGCCGCAGUCGUCUCGACGACCUCGACCUCGACAUCUUCGUCCUCUUCCUCAUCCUCUUCCUCGUCUUCAUCCUCGAGCUCAUCGUCAUCGUCAUCUUCUUCUUCCACUUCCACGUCAAUGUCCACGACAGAAGCAGCAGCACCGGUUGAAACCACCGCAGCUGCUCCAGCUCCGGCAGAGACGUCACCAGCUCCGGCAACAGAACCUCCCGUAGAAGCAACGACAGCUCCAGCAGCGGAACCUCCAGCAGCAGACUCCACAACAGAGGCACCCCCCGCAGAGCCAUCGACACAAGCACCGGCAGAGCCACCAACAACAGAAGCCCCCGCACCAGCAACGACACAAGCGCCGCCACCACCACCACCGCCGCCUCCAUCAUCGACAUCAACCACGGAGGCACCAGUCGUCGCACCGUCGACCACUGAAGCAGCUGCGGCGCCCAGUACGACAGAAGCACCGGCCGACCCCGCGACGGAAGAGCCCGUCGCACCGAGCACGACGGCCGCCGCAGCCGAACCAACCAUCUCCAAUCCCAGCGGGGAGGAUGGGACGGCGGGGACCAUAAACCUGGGGCCGGACCCCAUGUUCCCGGAAUUCGAUCUCAUCUGCGAUGACUGAGAUUUCCGAUCUAACGAUAGAUACGUGCAACUGAGCAAUGACGUCUGGCUAAGCGGUUGGAUAUGUGUGUGAGACAACCUCUGGCAGAAACAUUGUAGUACUAUAUGGCGUUUGGUGGCGACUUUUUCCAAGACAGAAGGAAAAAAAAGGAAACCUGGUU